AGGUCCCUGCAGGCAGUCAGUCAUUCUGUCUGCAGCGCAGCGCUUCGCUCGGUAUGUGGCAGGAGGGAGCGCCUGUCUUGGACUAAAACCACAGGAAAAACACGCUUUAAAAAUAAAACAUCAACAGGGGGAUUAAUACAAAACCUGACGAGGAUGAGACUCUAUCCGUCCGCUUGAAGACAUUUUCCACUCCGCCGUUUUUUCUCUGAUUUAUUACCGCUUUUCACUAAAAAGAUGGCGAACGACUCUCCGGCCAAGAGCCUGGUGGACAUAGACCUGGCAUCACUGAGGGAUCCAGCUGGGAUUUUCGAGCUGGUGGAGGUAGUGGGGAAUGGAACCUAUGGACAAGUGUAUAAGGGUCGACAUGUUAAGACGGGACAGCUGGCCGCCAUCAAGGUCAUGGACGUCACAGAAGAUGAAGAGGAAGAAAUCAAGCUGGAAAUCAACAUGCUAAAGAAGUAUUCCCAUCACAGAAAUAUAGCCACGUAUUAUGGAGCCUUCAUCAAGAAAAGUCCACCAGGCCACGAUGACCAGCUCUGGCUCGUCAUGGAGUUCUGUGGCGCCGGCUCAAUCACCGAUCUGGUGAAAAACACCAAGGGCAACACUCUGAAGGAGGACUGGAUCGCCUACAUCUCCAGGGAGAUCCUCAGGGGGUUAGCACACUUACACGCUCAUCACGUGAUCCACCGUGACAUCAAGGGACAAAACGUGCUGCUGACUGAAAACGCUGAGGUCAAGCUGGUGGAUUUCGGUGUGAGUGCUCAGCUGGACAGAACAGUAGGUCGAAGGAACACAUUCAUUGGGACGCCUUACUGGAUGGCCCCAGAGGUUAUUGCUUGUGAUGAAAACCCCGACGCUACCUACGACUACAGGAGUGACCUGUGGUCCUGUGGAAUCACAGCCAUAGAGAUGGCUGAGGGAGCUCCCCCUCUGUGCGACAUGCAUCCAAUGAGAGCCCUCUUCCUCAUCCCCAGAAACCCGCCUCCUCGACUGAAGUCCAAGAAAUGGUCCAAGAAGUUCUUCAGCUUCAUCGAAGGCUGCCUGGUGAAGAACUACACCCAGCGCCCCCCCACUGAUCAGCUUUUGAAGCACCCCUUCAUUCGGGACCAGCCCAAUGAGAGGCAGGUCCGCAUUCAGCUCAAAGAUCACAUCGACAGAACCAAGAAGAAGAGGGGAGAGAAAGACGAGACAGAGUAUGAAUACAGUGGCAGUGAAGAAGAGGAGGAAGAAGCUUCUGAGCAAGAAGGAGAGCCAAGCUCCAUAGUCAACGUGCCGGGCGAGUCGACUUUGCGCCGCGACUUCAUCCGGCUGCAGCAGGAGAACAAGGAGCGCUCCGAGGCCCUCCGCCGCCAGCAGCUCCUCCAGGAGCAGCAGCUCCGCGAGCAGGAGGAGUACAAGCGCCAACUGCUGGCUGAGAGGCAGAAACGUAUCGAGCAGCAGAAGGAGCAGCGCAGACGGCUGGAGGAGCAACAACGGCGGGAGCGCGAGAUGAGGAGGCAGCAGGAGCGCGAGCAACGCCGGCGGGAGCAGGAGGAGAAAAGGCGCAUGGAGGAGAUGGAGCGCCGUCGCAAAGAGGAGGAAGAGCGCAGGAGAGUGGAGGAGGAGAAGAGGAGGGCCGACCGAGAGCAGGAGUAUAUCCGGCGCCAGUUGGAGGAGGAGCAGAGGCACCUGGAGAUCCUGCAGCAGCAGCUCCUCCAUGAACAGGCCAUGCUUCUUGAGUAUAAAUGGCGGGAGCUGGAGGAGCAGCGGCAGGCUCAGAAGCUCCAGCGACAGCUGCAGCAGGAGCAGGCCUAUCUGCUGUCACUGCAGCAGAACCAGAACCAGAACCUGGACAGUAGUAAAAGUAGCCAGCAGCCAAGCACCAAAGCCCCGCAGAGCCUGGAAGCCGACAGGGCGAAGGCCCUGCAGACGCCUGAGCCGGAUGCAUCGAAGCAACAAGCGCAGAGCAUUAGCAAUGAAAAGACGCAGCCCAGCCAGGGCUCCAGCCUGGAAAAAAGGCUCCCUGUGGCUGACCAGCAGAGCUCCACACCUGACUCUGAGCCGGUCAGAGAGGCCGAUGAGCGGUACAGGAAGAACGCCCAGGGUUCUCCGCAGUCAGCUCAGACCAAACCUCAGCAACCUCCGGUGCCACCGCGCUCGGAGUCUUCACACGCCAACGGGAACGCCGCAUCCGAGACGCCAGCGAUGCACCGGCCUGUGGAACCACAGGUUCGUUCCCAUCUGGCCGCGCUGAAGAUCAGCAGCAGUGUGGCCUCGCCAAACUCAUCCGCUUCAACCCCGCCCGCCAUGUCCCGGUCACAAUCCUUCACAGAGCCGCUAACAGCUAGCUUUGAAAACCACCACCUGCACAAAAGCAAUGAGUCCCACCAUCUUCCUCCAUCCUCAUCGUCAUCUCCAUCAUUCUUAUCAUCAACGCCUGCUCGCCCUGAGCCACAAACACAACCUCAGUCCAGACCCCUGCCCCAUGAAAAGGUCCCGUCAGAAGACGCCCCGCCCAGAGUUCCUGUAAGGACAACAUCAAGGUCUCCGGUGUUGUCGAGGCGAGACUCGCCUCAUCACCAGAGCAACGCCCCAAAGAGCAGGGACGUGCUCCGAAAUGCUGGAAGUUCAGCAGAGCCUCGGCUCCUCUGGGAACGGGUGGAGAAACUGGUUCCCAAAACGAGCGGUAGUAGCGGCAGCGGAGGCUCCAGCUCCUCCAGCAGCUCCAGUAACUCCAGCUCUCAAAGCGGCUCUGGGGAGAGGUUCAGGGCUCGCUCCUCUUCCAAAUCGGAGGGUUCGCCCCUCCAGCGACCGGAGAAUGCCGGGAAAAAGCCAGAGGAGCGGAGGGACUUGGUCAAGGCGAACAAACCAGCGGACCUGACGGCUCUGGCCAAGGAGCUGCGUGCCGUGGAUGACGUCCGCCCCCAGAAUAAGGUGACGGAUUAUUCCUCAUCCAGUGAGGACUCUGACACCACUGAUGAAGAUGAUGAUGAAGAGGUGGACCAGGAGGCGGGUGAAGAGUCGACGUCCGGCCCAGAGGACUCCAAAGCAGUGUCUUCCAAGCUGAGUAACGGAGAAACGGAGUCGGUGAAAACCAUGAUAGUUCACGACGAGGGCGAGAACGAAGCAGGGACGACUCGGUGCAAAGACAGCACGCUGGUUGUCAGACAGAGUGCAGGUGACAACAGAAAGCGUGUAGCCCCCGUGUCGGGCCAAACGCAGACCCUUAGCCUGCUCGCAGGCUUCUCUCCAAGCCCCGGCUCGCCGUCGGGGCAGGGACUCAUCCUCCACACCCCCAGUCCCCCACACCACCACCACCAUCACCACCACCACCAUCACCCCACGCAGCACAAUGACAGGAACGGCUUUCCUGGCCGCAUCCAUCACCUCCCAGACCUGAUCCAGCAGAGCCACCAUUCCUCCCCCUCCUCCUCUGCAUCCAACUCCCCUUCUUCUUCCAGCCUCGCCAGUCCCUCCACCAUGUCCCCCCAGAGCCCCCUGGAGAAGCUCGGCAUCCUCACAGAGAGCCAGUCAAGUAACAACAUGCAGAAACACAAGUCCUCUUCAUCUUUCACUCCGUUCAUUGACCCGCGCCUCCUGCAAGUGUCUCCAUCCACCGGCAGCGCCCUCAACAAUGUCGGCUACGCCAAUGACGCCCGGCUGGCGGAAGCGUUGAGAGCAGAUCCAUCACGGAAAGGCUCAGUGGUCAACGUCAACCCGGUCAACACCCGUCCUCAGAGCGACACGCCGGAGAUCCGCAAGUACAAGAAGAGGUUUAACUCUGAGAUCCUGUGUGCCGCACUCUGGGGUGUGAACUUAUUGGUGGGGACAGAGAGCGGCCUGAUGCUGCUGGAUCGCAGCGGUCAGGGAAAAGUUUACCCACUGAUCAACCGACGGCGCUUCCAGCAGAUGGAUGUCCUCGAGGGACUCAAUGUCCUCGUAACUAUAUCAGGUAAAAAGAACAAGCUGCGUGUGUACUACCUGUCCUGGCUGAGGAACAAGAUCCUUCACAACGAUCCUGAAGUGGAGAAGAAACAGGGCUGGACCACCGUAGGGGAUCUGGAAGGCUGUGUUCACUACAAAGUCGUAAAAUACGAGAGGAUUAAGUUCUUGGUUCUGGCUCUGAAGAACUCUGUGGAGGUCUACGCCUGGGCGCCCAAACCGUACCACAAGUUCAUGGCCUUCAAGUCUUUUGGCGACCUGGUGCACAAGCCCCUGCUGGUUGACCUCACUGUGGAGGAAGGGCAAAGGUUAAAGGUCAUCUACGGCUCCUGCUCAGGGUUCCACGCUGUCGACGUUGACUCGGGGGCGGUUUAUGACAUCUACCUGCCGACCCACAUUCAGAACAACAUCCAGUCCCACGCCAUCAUCAUCCUCCCUAACACCGACGGCAUCGAGCUGCUGGUGUGCUACGAGGACGAGGGCGUUUAUGUCAACACCUACGGGCGCAUCACCAAGGACGUGGUGCUGCAGUGGGGCGAGAUGCCCACCUCAGUUGCCUACAUUCGAUCCAAUCAGAUCAUGGGCUGGGGGGAGAAGGCCAUAGAGAUCCGCUCCGUGGAGACGGGUCAUUUGGACGGAGUCUUUAUGCAUAAGAGAGCCCAGAGACUCAAGUUCCUCUGUGAAAGAAAUGACAAGGUGUUCUUCGCCUCGGUUCGACCCGGAGGCUCCAGCCAGGUCUACUUCAUGACUCUGGGCCGAAGCAACCUUCUCAGCUGGUAGAGGUCCACGCCCCGCCCUCCGUUUUUUCUCCUCCUUCUCCUCACCCUUCGCAUCGUCCCCCACCUCGCUAACACUGGAUCUCAGAACCCACCUCUGAUGUUUCUGUCAAUCCUCGGAAAACGAAAUGAGAAACGGACACACCAGCCGACCGGCCCAUCAGAGCAGCCGACGGCGACAACUUCAGCUUCUAGAGCUCGACGCCAGGGGUUCUGGGGCUCAACCUGCGACGCGGCGACGGCCACGAAAAGGUCGCCGCCCCUCAGAAAUACCGGAAAUGACGACUUUCUUGCAGAAGUGAAAUCAAUAGCUUAGACGUUAAGGGAGGUAGAAAAUAAACAACUGUGAAUUUUAGAAAACAGGACAGACGACGUUGUGUUUUCUCUCAGCUGUCUCGGUGCUUGUCACGUCACGAUGGGGUCGAUGUCGAACUUCUGCUUCGUUUCCGUGCUCUCGGGUUGGUCCGUAACAUCGAUGUCUUUUAGCUAGGAGUUUUGCAAACGCUACUAUCACUUCUACAGCUUCUACUUUCUGCAGGUCUGCCUCCUGUAAGGAAGCCUGGAGUUAGUCUUGUUUUGUGCUGCAGUGAUGUAAAUAACAGCAGCUUUGGGCGGUUGAGGGCUGACGCCUGGUUGGAGGAUCAAUCCGAAACCCUGGACGCAGCCUAGCAGGUGGGUGAGACCUGGUGUUUAAUAGGAGCGUGUUUGAUGUUCUUUAACAGGACGAAGGAAGGAGAAAGGACCGAUCAGGCAGAUGGAUUUCAAAUUAGUAUUUUCUGAAUUCUUAUAGAGAGGUGUAACAAAGAGGUGUUAAACGUGUCUUUAAGCUUUCGUUUUUCCAUUAAUGCACAUUCAGCCUCAGGCCGCGACUCGCUUGUUUCCUCCAUUUUGAGCUGUAUGUGGAGAAAGCAAGAUGAAAUCGAACCGACGCUCGUCGUCAGCUGUGACGGCCAGAAGUGGUGAACUGGUGGUGCUGUGAAUAGCGAUUCAAAGGUGUUUAUGGACGGAUGAAUUAGAGGAAAGUUUAGCAUGUGUGUGUGCGUAUGUGUGGCGGGAGAGUUCGAUGUUGUCGGCGAAUCGAAUUCCCAUGGCAGGGAGGCAAACGCAUGGUUCAGCGGGUUAGUUUCAGGUGCAGGAGGCGGACUAUCUUCCAUUUUCCUUCUUUCACUUCAUCUUCCAUCUAUAUUAUUUGUAUGUACUCAAUGCACUAAGUGUCCAGAAUGUAGAGAGACUUCUUACUGUGUGGUGGUCCAAGGCAUGAGAUGAUGUUUCUCUUUGUAUCUUUGUCACAAGUGGUCAAUUCUAGGUGUUCAAUUCAAAUGAAAGUGAAUAAAAGCAGACCUCUCAUCGAGUGUGGAUGUACUUUUCUUUCCUGCAGCCGUGCCCGCCCCCCUCCCUCGUCUUCUGGCUUCCUGAGAGCCCUGCUUGCUUUAACAUGAGGACUAAAACUUUGUUGUUUCAAAACGUACACUUUUGGACUUCAGUAUUGCUGUGAUGAAGUGUGUCUUUUUAGGGCGACACAGAGCAGAUCUCUUUUUAUUUCCCCCUCAUGCUUCAAAGUUGUUUUGACAUUUUCUUGUACAUGUGCAUCUCAAUAAAUUAAAAUAUUAUCAAAAAGUUCAUUUACUUAUGAAAUUCAUUUACAAAUUUAUAACAAAGAGUAAAUAUUUAAGUGUGAAUUUCUGUUGAUUUGAAUCAAAUUGUUUUACUUCAUCUAAAAGGACUACUUUGAAGACAGUCCAGUCCUGUUCACAUUAGUUCAGGUAAGUCACUUCUGGGUCUGGUUCAGGAGUGACUCGAGACAAGUCCGUGUCCCGAACACAUCGAGUCUUCAUGUCCUUAAUCUCCUCUGAAGGGCUUUCUUACACAAAUCCUUUCAAGGAUGCCGUUAUUCCCGUUUGUGCACUUUUUCCUUCCACUUAACUUCUCAUGCUUAUUCCUUGUCAAAGCACUCUGAACUUUUAAAAACCUUUUAGUUUAUCAGCAACAGGAGUCUUUUUUUAGGAUUAUUUCAGCCAUAACAUUUGUGUGUCAAACAAAUCUCUUGUUAUUAGUCGUAUGUGAAACCCUGAGUUGCUCAUCUGAAUCUUGUUUAUUUUUCUUUAGUUAUAAUCCACCAUAAUCCAAAUAAUUGAAUAGAUCUAAUCUAAUCUGGACUUUGUGAACCAAAUAUUUGAAAUAAAUGAACUUUUCUGUGGAUAUUCUGAUUUAUGAAGAUGCUGGUUUUUCUCUUCGCCUCAAACUUAGAUUUAAAGAUGUCUGUAUAUUUGGAAUAAUGAGCAACGAGCUGCAGCAUUGAUCUCCUCCUUCUGUCCCGCUGGAUUUUCCUCCAUUUCCACAGAUUAUAGAAAAAAAAGUUGCUCAUCCAUUUGUGCUCCAGCUACAUAUUCAAACUUUUAUAAGGAUGCAAACAGCAUUACACAUACUUCAGCAGCUCCCUGUCAGUCCCAAAGUUUAUGGAGAGGCUGUUAGAACCUCAGUCCCGUUGUCCGAGGUUCGCAGUAGCACCCACCGUGUUUGUUUUAAUGCUUAAAGGCCUUGAAGAAUGGCUGCAUCCAUUUUAUGAAAAUUAUACUCUUAUUAUAAAUUAAUGCAAUGACUUUUAUAAAAGGCGAACAAUGAUACCAUUUCUGCUGGUGGAAGAAAGCGUCCGCUUGCAGGUAAAAGUUAAAACCAGUGCCAAGAGGGCAGCAUUUAAAACGUGUGAAACUAUUAUUAAAAACCACUUCUUAGGUAUUGUUUUAAAAAAUAUAUAUAAAAAAAAAACACUUGAAGCAUUGUGUAUUCUUAAGUUUUAGAGGUAGUUAAGAAACGUGGUAGUUUUUUGUUGUUUCUGUAAGUCUAUGUACACGUAAAUAUGCGACUGCGGUGGUUGAAUAUUAUUACGCUCACCUUAGGUGGAAAAAAAUGUUUACAGAAGCAAUGUUUGUUACACUAAUGUGUGCAUCACGGUAUUUAUGUUUAACGAUCUGGGUUCCUUACACUUCGUGGUUCUGCUUUAUGAGCCUGUUUUUUGUUUUAUUUUUAAAUUGGAUAUUUAUUUUUUUUUCUACCACCUCCCUCCUAAGCAACCUACAUUGAAAACAAUAAAGAACAGAUGUUGUUCAUUUCAGGUAUUCACUUAUUGCCAUUUUAACCAUGGUGACAUUGCAGUAAGUUUUCCUGCAGGCUUGGAUGUGAGGCAAUGUGUUUUCCUCUGUUUCUGCCAUGCUUCUCUAACUUAUGUCCUCUCUGUGUAUGACAGGAAGUUGUGUAUUUUCCUGAUUAUAUAUUUUUUU